AUGGCUAACACGACUAUUUUGUAUGGAUACUGGUUGUCGUCUUGUACAUGGCGAGUGCGAGCUGCGAUGAAUCUGAAGAAAAUGACAUUUGAAGAACGGUCAAUAGACAUCGUGCGAGAAAAGGCACAACUAACCGAGCAGUUCCGAGCGAUUAAUCCAUCCCAAAAAGUUCCUGCUCUAUUUGUUGAUGGUGCUACAAUCGUGGAGUCGAUGGCAAUUAUUGACUAUCUUGAUGACACACGACCCAAUCCACCCUUGAAACCCAGUACACCAUUACAAAGAGCCCGCAUGCAAGAAAUCUGUGAGACUGCUGUGUCCGGUAUCCAGCCUCUCCAAAACAUUGGAUUAAAACGCUAUUUCGAGACCGAAGACAAGUACACGGUAUUCACAAAACACUGGACUGAGCGUGGGCUUCAAAGCCUUGAGGAACUUUUGAAAAAUUCCGCUGGGGCUUAUAGUGUUGGGGACCAAAUGACUAAGGCUGAUCUUUGCUUGGUCCCACAAGUGUAUAAUGCAGUUACAAGGCACAAAUUGGAUCUUGGCAAAUAUCCGAUACUCUCCAAAUUGUAUGAAAAACUAUUAAAAGAAGAAUGUUUCAGGAAAACGCACCCAAUGAUAGUUAGGGGCCAGAAAUAUACGCUACCAACUUUGUAA